AUGUUCAUAUUUUUUAUAAAUCUAUCUGUACAGGUCUAUAUAAGACAUUACAAUGAUGAUUUGUAUAUAAGUGGCCCAGAACAAGGUCCAUUCCAGAGACCAGUAGAACCAUCUUUUAUAACAAAACGAACAGAUUUUUAUAUUGAUCAAGAAAGGGACGGGGAGGUGUAUAUUCGACCAAUCGACAGUAGUUCUGUAUGGAGUGUAAACAAUGACUGGACACUCACUUACAGCAACAAAAAAGGCGGGCCUAACCAGCUGUUUUCUUUGACAAUGAUUGCGCCAAAACUUUUUCAUAUUACAAAUAUGGGUAAAUGUGUCGAAUACAGACACCAUGACAAAAAGUACGUAUUAACCGAUUGUUCAAGUAUUGAUACUCAAAAAUUUAUAAUUUUCUCUAAGGGCGAGGAAUUAAUUGAUUCUUAUAUUCAUAAUAAUCUACUGGAUUUGGUUGGUUUAUCUAAAGCUGAUAAACUUUUGACGCUGGAUGAAUUAUUGCAGAAUAAGAUACCAAGGGCAAGAGAUCUGCUUGCAAUGAGACGUCUUAGUGAAAUUUAUUAA